AUGAGCCAGCAAGAGGGCGAUAUUGAUUAAAGUUUGAAUGGAGAUGAGAGGUUCAAUUAUGAUCACAAUAAUAAUGUAAUUGGUUCAGCUCAUAAAAUUAGUCUAAUGGGAAACCUUAAUCAAAAAGAGUAAAUAAGUCAAUCAUUUCUCGAUAGAUAGGCUAAUCUUAAUAAUAUUGAUACAACAACAAGUUAAAGGCAUUAGCAAAUAAGACUCAAAUAUAUUAGACCUAGCGAUGAGCUAAGUAAUAACACUAAGUAAAAUAACAAAAAAUUUCUAAAUGAUGGCUAUCAACCUUCAGAGAGUAAUAUGGAUGGUUCUUAGCUGUCACUAUCUAAGUAACUUCGAUUUGAAGAUGAUUCUAAUGAUGAUUAAUUUAAGUAGUAUUACAGCAGUGGAUUUGAAAGCAAUACGAACUUAAUUUAUGAUGAAAAAUAAUCAAAAAAGAGGAAAGUCAAAUCUUGGAAAUAAUGGGAACAAGAUCAGUGUAAUGAAGAAGAGAAAUUCAAUGAUUAAGACAGUUUAAGCCAAAGUAAUAAUAACGUUUUCAGAGAAAUUUCAGGCUCAGUUAAUCUCAAUAACUUCGUUGAUUAAUACAUUUAUUAAUUGGAAAAUAACAAAACUGGAAGUAGAACAUAGGGAAAUAGGCUAGCUCCUUUAAACUAAAUAUUUAGGAAAUCUAAUUCUAUAAUGAAAAAUAAUGAUUUGUUUUAGCCUCGCUAGUCUGUGUAGUUUAACAACGACAGAUUUCAAUCAGAGAUAGUGCUUAUGAAGAAAUUGACUUAGGAUUUUCAUUCAUAAAACAACAGACAUUUGUAUUCGCAAAGCAAUAAUGUUCCUAAAUAAGAUAAUAAAAGUAGUAGUAUAUAUAAUGAUUAAUCCUUGGCAAGCAACUCUGUAAGUAUUAGCUAAGACUACUUUUUCAUGAAUGUCGAGAUAAAUCCCAUAAGGUAUUUUUAAAUGUACUUUGAUGAUGGUAAUUAUUUGGAGGAACAGUCUGAUGAUAAUAAAGGUAUAAUACAUUUGCAAUUUUUGGACGCUUCAUUUUAUGAAGGGUAGUAUCCAAGAGAAAACUGGGUAUUUGGGAAAUAUAUUAAAAAAGUUCAAUUAAAUAAUUCUUAUAUUCUGGGUUAUGAGGGGACUUGGUUCAAUGAUUAUUUGGAUGGAGAUAAUUGUCUAUUAAAGAUCAACAUGCAGGAGUGGCCUUAACAUGGAUUUGAGAUCCCGAUUUCUAAUCAAAUCAAGGAAAUCUCACUAGAUAAAGCUUUUUACAAUCUAUUUUUAUGCUCAAUGACAGUCUUGUUAAUAUUGCUUGGUCUUAACUUUGAUUUGAGAAUACUAUAUGGUGCUCUCUCAAUGUAUUUAUUAAAGUGGAGGCCUGUAGUCUAUCUGAACUAUCAACACAAAUCUGAUAUCAUUAAAGAGAAGAUUAGAAUGUCAAGCAGAGCUUCUGUGAUCACUUCCAAUAAUAGUAAUUUAAAUAAUAGAAAUAACUCUACCUAAAAGAUCAACCCUACUACAGAUGAAAGUGCGCCAUAAAAAAAUAGUUUUGCUGAAUCUAUGCAAGCAGGAAUGGACCUCUCUACAUUUAUAAAGAAUCAUGAUGAAUCUUCUGCGAAUUCGCUCAUUGAUCUUAUUGAUGAAUUCAAGUAUCAUACUUGGGCAGACAUGAGUCCAGAAAUAGAAAAGUUGAACUUUGUCUGCAAGAAUACCUAAGUUGAGAAUGAAGAAUAAAGCUAGGAUAUUGAGGGUCCUAGACUUAAAGAGGAAGAUAAAUCGGAGAAACUCAAAGCUAAGUUUGUUAAGCUAAACAUCUAUAAGUUAUUCGACUUUAGCACCAAGGGGUAAGCUUAGCUUUUAUAGAGAAAGAAAGCAUUCGCUCAGUAUGUGUUUGGACACCUGAAGAUUAAAAGACACAACGAGAGAAUCUCAUAAAUAACAAAUAAUAAUGAUGCCACUAAGCCUGAUCACUAACCAACUGACAGAUUAAAUAAAAGCCACCUAAAUGACAAGUCUAAUGACUCCUUGCAAAAUUUAGACUCUAAACUAGUAACUAGCUAUAAUAAUAAUAUCACGGGACUUCAACUGCUGACUGAUGAUAAGAACGUGAGCAAUCUUUUCGUCGCUAGACUGGGUAGUGAAGAAGGAGAUGCCAAAUUCAUCAGGAACUAGGGAGCUAAGAUAAAGAACAGGCAAAACAGAGUAAAGUUGCUGAGCCAAGUAGUUGAGGAUGAAGAGAGAAGUAAGCUAGAAGGGGGAGCAUUUGCAGAUGCAAACAAAAGUAUAGACUAUAUUGAUGAGGACAGAUUGAUUGACAACAUAAAAAUUAGAAAAUUUUUGGAAGGAAAUUUCAAGGAAGAAAUACUAGUUUGUAUGGAUAAUAAUAAAUCAAUCAUUCUAAAUGGCACCUUCUACUUUUUCUUAUCAAUGUUUUGUCUUGGGUGGAUAACAAGAAUGUAUGUUUACAGGAAUACAUUACAAGUCAAUUACUACUUGAAAAAGGUUAUACUUGACUGA